AUGGCGGCAUCGCCCGAUGACUCGGUCAUGCAGAUGAAUGAGCCCAAAAAAGAGAUCGCGGAUGAGGAAUGGGAUGUUGAGCAGCGCGAUGCGGCGCCGACCCGACACUCUGGUAUCCUCAACGUCGUCGUGUCGGGACUGGCGCUGUUUAGCGAUGGAUACAAUGCCGAGAUCAUCAAGCCUGUCGCUAACAAGUAUCGGAGGGGUAGUUACAAAGAUGGCAUGUCCAGCACGAUCACAUCGCGCCUGUCCAACUCCUAUCUCAUUGGAGAAAUUUUCGGAAUGCUCUUUUUUGGGGCGCUCAUCGACCGCGUGGGUCGUCGCGCGGGCGUGGUGGCUGCUACGAUCUUCUUGAUUCUGGGUGUGGUGCUGGCCACCGCGGCUCAUGGCACAUCACAGCUAGGGAUGUUUUGGAUGAUGAUCGUGGCCCGCGGCAUAGCUGGCUUUGGCGCGGGCGGCGAGUAUCCGGUGUGUGCCACGAGUGCCACGGAGGCCGCCGAUGAGACACCUCAACUGCGCAAACGGCGCGGAAUUCUGGUCGCCGCGACCACUGACUUUGCCGUGGAUCUGGGCUUUGUCGUCGCAGGGUUGGUUGCAUUAAUUGUGGUUGCAUGUUACCACCAGGAAAAUUCGGAGGGGGUCUGGCGGAUCACUUUUGGACUCGGAAUGGUGUUGCCCAUCUCUGUGUGUUUCUUUCGACUACGGAUGAUCAACUCAACCCAGUAUCGGAAACAUGCGAUGAAGUCACAGUACCCAUAUUGGUUGGUCCUCAAGCGGUAUUGGAAGCCUAUGCUGGGAACCUCGCUCGCCUGGUUUUGCUAUGACUUUGUGACGUAUCCAUUUGGCAUAUUUUCAUCGACCAUUAUCUCCCAAUUGGCAACGAAUAAUACCACCGUGCAAAACAUUGGAUAUGGGACUGUCAUCAAUUGUUUUUACCUCCCAGGCUGUUUAGUCGGAGGGCUUCUCAUGGACCGCAUUGGUCGCAAACAGACCAUGACCCUCGGCUUUAUGCUGUGGGCAGUGUGGGGGUUUAUUCUCGGAGGUGCCCUCAAACCCAUCCAGACCGUGUUUCCUCUCUUUGUGGUCAUGUACGGCAUCUUCAAUGCUCUUGGAGAAAUGGGACCCGGCGUCUCCACCUUUUUGUGUGCCGCCGAGUCGUUCCCAACACCCCUCCGUGGCCAUUUUCUGGGCUUUGCCGCGGCAGUCGGCAAAGCGGGCGCCUCGAUUGGGACACAGGUUUUCACGCCGAUCCAAAACUCGUUUGAUUCUGUUCAGAAGGGCCAACAGGCAGUCUUUCUGAUUGGAUCUGCAUUUACGGUGGUUGGUGGUCUCGUCGCAUGGUUCCUCAUUCCAGACAUGUCCCGUGAGUUGGAGACAGAAGAUGCACGGUUCAGAGCAUAUUUAGAAGAGCAUGGGUAUGAUAUCAGCAUGUAUGGAGAGGCCUUGGUGGUCAAUGCAAGGAGCUGA